AGAGAGAGAGAGAGAGAGAGAGAGAGAGAGAGAGAGAGAGAGAGAGAGAGAGAUCUCCAAACCAUUCUCUCCCUGGAACUUGUAGCGUGCUACCAGGAACCCAUACGAGGUUUUCAGCACUUCACAAUCAAAGAGUGUUAGUAUUUUAGUCGGACUGCGACCUCGGCCGAGUGCCUAGGUAGGCCUCCCUUCUGUCAUCUCCUCAGCUUUAUUGUGGGUACGUUGUCAUGGGGAACCUCCUUAAAGUUUUAACAUGCACAGACCUUGAACAGGAGCCCAACUUUUUCCUCGAUUUUGAAAAUGCCCAACCGACAGACGCAGAGCGAGAGACAUGGGAAGAGGUGGAUGUGGUCCUGAAGGAUACAGGGGGAAUACUUGACGAAUUACAGGCAUAUAAAGGCGCCGGGCAAGAGAUACGAGAGGCAAUCCAGAAUCCCAAUGACGAGGCAUUACAAGACCAGGCAUGGGCUGCUGUGGUGCCUUUAGUAGGCAAACUAAAGGAGUUCUACGAAUUUUCACAGAGAUUAGAAGCAGCGCUCCACAGUCUGUUGAGAGCACUGACCAGCGAGACAUACAAUGACCCAACACAGCACCUGGAGAGAGAGCAAGCCCUCGCCAAACAGUUUGCUGAGAUCCUCCACUUCACACUGCGCUUCGAUGAGCUCAAGAUGACAAAUCCUGCCAUUCAGAAUGACUUCAGUUAUUACAGGAGAACCCUGAGUCGCAUGAGGAUCAAUAACGUUCCUGCAGAGGCAGAAAACGAAGUGAAUAAUGAACUGGCCAAUCGGAUAUCUCUAUUUUAUGCUGAUGCCACGCCUAUGCUGAAGACAUUAAGUGAUGGCACAACAAAGUUUGUAUCUGAGAAUAAGAAUUUGCCCAUUGAAAACACCACAGAUGUAUUAAGCACUAUGGCAAGUGUGUGCAAAGUUAUGUUGGAAACCCCAGAGUAUCGUAGCCGAUUCACCAGUGAGGAGACUGUAUCUUUCUGUCUGCGUGUCAUGGUGGGGGUCAUCAUCCUAUACGACUAUGUCCAUCCCAUCGGCGCAUUCGCAAAAUCCCCCAAAAUAGACAUGAAAGGCUGUAUUAAAGUGCUCCGAGAUCAGCCACCAAACAGUGUGGAAGGUCUACUAAAUGCUCUCAGGUACACAACAAAACAUCUAAACGAUGAGUCAACCAAUAAGACCAUAAAAAGCAUGCUGCAGUAGCAACAAACUCUGGGACAUACACAACUGGCCUCAAGUACAUGCUCAGGAGAUGCUCUCUCUCUCUCUCUCUCUCUCUCUCUCCCCCACCCCGGACUGAAGCGAACACACAGAAUGGUUUUCUUUUUUGUAUUAAACAUAAAAGAAUCAGACAAAAGCUUCUCUUUCUAAGCAGAUGAUACUGGCGUUAUGUGUGGUUUUCUGUGCCAAAAUGGUUUUGCUGAAAUCCUUGUUUUUAACAUUUCUGAAAUAAGCCGUGCUACUGAUGGCAGCUACUGUAUGAAUGCAUUGUUAGGUUAUAUUUGUGGUUAUUGUUUUAAUUGAGCUUUUUUCCCUGUAAAGGGAGGGUGAGUGUUUUGACUUGAACAUAAAAAAUAUCUAUAUAUUAUCUAUAUGAUCUAGAUAUACACAUUAUAUUAAAAGAGAGAAAUAUAUUAUUUUUGUCUGAAUUAAUAUUUAAUGUUACAUCCACUGCAUGGCGACAUGAUUGAAUUUCUUCUAUUUAAAAUAUUCAAAUUCAUUUGUUUGCUUGAAUGUGCAAAAGAAACGACGCUUAAAUGAUGUUUUGAAAUUAAAAUGGUACUUGCAUAUUAAAAAGUGGAGAUUAAUUGAUAGAUAUUUUCAAGUUUUAUAUAUUUUUUUAUAGUUCUUGAUUUGUUUUAGUUUUUUUUUCUUAGGUGUUAUAAUUAUUAUUUUAUUUUCUGAAAAAUUGCUUUCAAAAACUGUGAUAGGCUGUUAUCUUUUUUGUCAGAUGUAGUGACUUGAUGAAUAUGAUC